AUGAGGCUGGGCGACUCCUUGAACACCAGAGUGUCUAGGUUCACUGUCCUGAAGGGAGCGAGACUGCCCAGUCCCAUGCUGUCCAGGCUCCCGGCAGCCUCUUCCCCAGGGCAGUGGCAGCACCCCCAGCUCCACGGGACACCUCCCCAGUCCCGCUGGGCCAUCAGCAUUGACAUGUCUGGUUCAGGGAACAUCUUACCUUGGACUACUAGCAUCUGCAUCGGUGUCUUCCUAACUGAGAGCCGGGAGGACUUCCAGAAUUUAAAAGCGAGGUUCCAGCCCCCAGGGUCCGAGUUCAGUGAGCUACCCAAGAAACCCCCCUUGCCCCCGGGCAGCCAUCUCCCCACCUUGGGCUUCAAGCUUCAACCCGUGCCAAGAGCCGGCCUGGAGAAGGGGCCUGCCUCUGGGGGUCCUGGGGCUCAGCGGGAAACCCCGCUCCCAAGAAAAGAGGCCCCCAGAGACCCCAACCCCCUGGCCCUGGCCUCCCGAAGAGCACCAGUCAUUACCCCCAAACCCCAGGCCACCAGAGGGGCUGUGGUCCCUGGAGCCGCCUUCCUGGCAGCCCAGGUGGCAUCUGAGGCUUUGAAGGGAGUAGGGGGCAUCCCGAGGGAAUCCGCAGGCCCCCCACCCCCUGGGCCGCCCGUGUGGUCAAAGCCGCAGCAGCCCGUGGGGAAAUUCCACCGGGGUCUUGGAACUAAGGCCUUCACCUCCGGCGCUGCACCCCAAGCCUCUCCACCAUCAGGAUCCCCAAGGACCCGGCUAGAGCCACGGGGACCGGAUCCCCCCCGCCGGAGGCCCCUGCCCAGCGAGAGGAGCCUGGGGCCCAGGCCAGCCAAACCUCCACCCCCUCCUGGGCCAGUGGACCUACAACGCUUUCGGAGAGCAAGGGACACACGUGCUCAGGAGGCGACAGGUGGCUCUCCUCUCGUUUUCCCCCCUUCUCCAGCUCGCCGAGCCUUGGGGCCCCACCACUUCCCACGGGCCCAGAUCCCUGCUGGGACCUCCCUCACGAAGCUGCUCACAGGUCCCAGGUCACCAGAUGAAAUCUACGAUGAAGUGGAACCUGCAGAACUUGACAGGAAGAGUGCAGAGCUCCCCCAAGCUCAUCCCAGCCCCAUGCUGAAGAGGAGUAGAACCAAGGAGGAUGAGCUACACGGUGCUGAGAAGACCCCCAAGGGCUUACUUCUACCUCCAUCCCUGCUGAAACAACGGGCAGCCCACCUCCCUCAGGGCCAGGUGCCAAACGAGAAGAACCCGAAGCAGUGUAAGAAAGAGGAGAAGGCUGAGAAGGAGUUUCGCAAGAAAUUCAAGUUUGAGGGGGACAUAGUGACUCUGACCCGGAUGAUGAUCGACCCCAGCGCCAGUUCCCGCAGAGGAGGGGGCAAGAACCUGGCACUGAGGCGUGGCGAGAUCCUGGAUGUGAUCCAGUUUACCAGUCACGAGCAGAUCCUGUGCCGAGAUGCCAAUGGGAAAUAUGGCUACAUCCCCAGAGCGGUGCUGCUCCCUCUGGAAACAGAAGUUUAUGACGACGUCGGCCUCUGGGAGGUUCCGGACACUAAGCUCUCUCCACAGGGGUAUGAGGCUCCGAGGCCCAAAGGGCUGCUGGGCAAACACCCAGAAACGGGGAAUCGGACCCCAGUGCUGGUUGGACUAAACACUUCCCACCCCUUCAGACACCACUAAAUCCUCAGGAAGAAGUAGAGCCGGCUGCUGAGACCGACUGUGUGGGCCCCCCGGGUUCCCUGGGGCUUGAACGUGGUCUGGCUCCUCUGAAUCAUCCCUUUCUCUACUCACGUUGGCCAGACUGAGCCCUCCCCACCUCCCAACAUCGGCUCUCCUGGCUCCAGGAAUUCUGCCCCUGUGAGCAGGGCACCAGGAGCAACAUCUCAGACCAUCAUGUGCCCAGUGGAGGUCCAGGGAGGAGGGGCACUUGGUGCCGGGAAAGAGGGGCUGCCCAAGAGGUGGCCAUUAUGGUCAGUUUCUUCAACUUGGCUGUGGAGGACUGUGUGGUCAUCCUUGUGGACAUGCCCAUUCUUUAGCAUAGAGGUCCAUACCUCCUGGCCUAGUCCAUA